UUGGUUCUCUGUGCAGCUCUGUUCUGUAACUGCAGCACACCACAGUGUGUGAAGGAUGGGUAUAAGUGCGAGACCAAGGGUGCGUGUGUGGCCUCCACCUCAGUCAUUGAAGGACAGGAGCAGCAUGUGCGGCUCUGCAUCCAGAAAGAGGACCUGGUUCCUCCGGGCCAGCCGUUCUACUGCCUCAGUGCAGAGGGACUGCUGAACACUCACUGUUGCUACUCUGAUUACUGCAACAGCAUCGACCUCAAACUACCAACCGUGACAAACGCACCGGGUUCAGGGCAGGACUGGGGGCCGGUGGAGCUCACUGCAGUGGUGGCGGGGCCGAUCUUUGUGCUGUGUGUGCUGGUUCUGCUGGGUCUCUUUCUGUUCCAGCGCCGCCAGCGGGCCUACGGUCACCGGCAGAGACUGGAGGUAGAGGAUCCCAGCACUGAACACAUGUUCCUGGCCAAGGACAAGACCUUACAGGACCUCAUCUACGACCUCUCCACUUCAGGAUCUGGGUCUGGUCUGCCGCUGUUCGUCCAGAGGACAGUGGCUCGUACCAUAGUGCUGCAGGAGAUCAUCGGUAAAGGCCGCUUUGGGGAGGUGUGGAGGGGGAAGUGGAGAGGAGGAGACGUCGCCGUGAAGAUCUUCUCCUCUCGUGAGGAGCGCUCCUGGUUUCGUGAAGCUGAAAUCUACCAGACCAUCAUGCUCCGCCACGAGAACAUCCUGGGCUUCAUUGCUGCCGACAACAAAGAUAAUGGCACAUGGACUCAGUUGUGGUUGGUGUCAGACUAUCAUGAGAAUGGAUCCCUGUUUGACUAUCUGAACCGAUAUUCAGUCACCAUCGAGGGCAUGAUUAAACUAGCGCUGUCGGCUGCCAGCGGCCUGGCGCAUCUGCACAUGGAGAUACUGGGCACUCAGGGUAAGCCUGGCAUCGCUCACCGUGACCUGAAGUCCAAGAACAUCCUGGUGAAGAAAAACUGCACGUGUGCAAUCGCUGAUCUCGGCCUGGCGGUUCGUCACGAGUCUGUCUCCGACACCAUCGAUAUCGCCCCCAACCAGCGUGUCGGCACUAAGAGGUACAUGGCACCUGAGGUUCUGGAAGAGACUAUUAACAUGCGUCACUUCGACUCAUUUAAAUGCGCUGACAUCUACGCUCUGGGACUCGUGUACUGGGAAAUCGCUCGCCGCUGCAAUGCUGGAGGUAUUCAUGAAGAGUACCAGCUGCCCUACUAUGACCUGGUGCCCUCUGACCCAUCCAUAGAGGAGAUGAGGAAAGUGGUGUGUGAUCAGAGGUUACGACCCAACAUCCCCAACUGGUGGCAGAGCUAUGAGGCGUUGCGUGUGAUGGGGAAGAUCAUGCGGGAGUGCUGGUACGCUAACGGCGCUGCGCGACUGACGGCUCUCCGCAUCAAGAAAACCCUGUCUCAGCUCAGCGUGGACGAAGACAUGAAAAUCUGAGCGAAACACUACCUUCUGCCAGAAACACUCCUAGCAAAGAGAACGUGUACAGACAUGCGACCACUCGAAACUAUCCUGCCAGUUCAAAAGUAUUUCCGUCCACUGAGUCGGGAUGGGGCCUACCUCACCCCACCGCCAAAAUUACUGAACCUACGGUACCCAACAGCCCUCUGUGCUCUCCUCCUCCUCGCUACAUCUACUACCACUAUCGCCCAGCUCGCCAAUCAAAAUGGACAUGUGACUCGAUGGAUUCUGAUCAAAUCAGUUUCGCCCCAAAGAUAAUUUUUCCAACCAGAGCCGCUCAUAUUUAAGCAGUUUUAACCGGCUUGUUGCAUCCACUUAGGUCAGUCUAGCAGACUACCUCGGUUAACUAACUAUGUAGAAUACACAAAGUCCAGGUUGAGCUGGUAAGCGCGGUGAAUUGGUGCAAGAUGGCACUGCUAGCGACCGACAUGAUCAGCUGAUUCCUUUCAUUACCACGUCAAAGCUGUUAGCAAAGCAACCUUAUUUGCACUUUAUCCCAGGGGUUUUGUGAGCGUGAAGUGGAUUAUAGCCAUCUUGGUUUAGGAAUCACACACUGGCACACGCGUCUAUUCUUACUACUGAACGGUACGGAGAUAUCUAUUUAUUUUAGCUCGUAGAUCCUUCAUAUGUCCUUAUUUUUUUAUCGCCAUUAGAUUUCCUCCUCUCCUCCGUGGGCAAACAAAGCUACUGUAUAUAGUAUAUUUUUUAAAAGUAUGGAAAUGUAAAUAGCUUACCCUUUUUUAAUUUCCAAGUCCUUCGACUAAGCUAAAGGUUUGAUCGUGUAGGAACAUGAGAGAUGUGAAGCUGUACGGGUCAGCGGAAGCGGUGGCUAAAGUACAGGUUUUUGUUAAACUUUGUUUUUCAUAGCUAAACCUGUCACUGUAGCAUUAAAUGACACUAUAAUGACACACAUUUUAUUAACUGAGGAGCAUUGGGACUGUUUUGUUUUUUAAGGAAUAUUUCAUGCAAACAUAAGAACGUUCAUCGUUUAUCGUCCUCAUAUCGCUCCAAACCCGUAUGAUGGAAUUUUUACUGUAAAACGCAAAAGGACAUAUUGAGCAGAAUGUGCAAGCUGCUCAAAUCAAAAAUAUGAUUUUAUGCUAUAUUCAAAGUUCUCUGAAUUCAUAUGAACUACAUCUGUGAUACUUUAUUCAUGCAAUUUAAUUGCAAGACAAAGGUUUGUAUGAACUUGUCCAAUGCAAGAAAAAGUCAUGCAGGUUUGGAGCAUCAUUAGGGCGAAAAAUGACAGGAUUUUAAUUUUUUUGCGGCUCCUGCCGCAAGUGACAUUACGACGUGAUCCUAGGAAAUAGAUCUGAUUCUUCUUCAUGCACUGGGUCUGUAAUGAGGAGAACGACUUGAAAAUGUAACUUGAAAAGUUUGGCGUCGAGGCACACUGCUUUACUCCUACUACACUGUAUUUAUGACUCCUGACAGACAUUAUGUCUCUCUCUCUCGUACUCCAUGGAUAAAUACUACUGCCCUUCUGUUCCUCUGUCCGCUUAAUAUGCAAGAUGUAAAUAUAGUUUCUAUAAUGUAUGACCUUUUUUAUUAAUCCGAUUUGAUUCAGUAGACAAUUGUGUGGUUCUGUUUUGUGGUUUGUUUUUUAAUGUGACUCGUUUUUAAUUCAGGUUUUAUUCGUAUAGCGCUUUUAACAGUAGGUCUUGAAGCAGCUGCACAGGGUUUUUGGUCGGUGGUCUUUCAUUGAAUUAGAUUUUAUCUCCCAGUUUCACUGGACCUGGUGUCUCGAGUUUGUGUUUUGACAAUCUGAACAAGUACUGUUAUUCUCCUUCGUCCAUUUGCAACAAUUCAGUCACCUUACACUAUUAAAAUGUGUCCAGAAAAAGCCAAAAAUGAUUGCAUAUAGUUGGAAGAACAUGUUAAUGCUUUCUUUAGAUUAUAUUUUCAUGUUAUGUUUAUGUAGAUCCAAAAUGACAAGCUACCAUGUGAAAUGUAUUCGUAACACUGGAUUGAGUCACAACACUACUGAGAAAUAUAAGACGACACUGGCACAUCGGCUGCUGAUUGAGAAAAUCAUCUUGAACUGGGAAUAAGUGUUCGGGUUUGAUCUGUAUUUGUUUCUACUGUCGAGUUCGGUUUGUACAUGUAUUUAUAGUUUCCAGAAAGCAUGUCGCUGCUGGCAGGAUUUGGGCUUCAUAAACGUCUGCUGACUGUAGUGGAGAUGUUUGUCGCCCGGCUAAUUAUAACAGCUAAACGAGGGCGACAGUGGGAUUUUACGUCUUAGUCCCGGUUUAGCAUAAGGAAGUUUCCUCAAUCAUCUGACCUCACAGCCGACCUGUAUAAUCCGAGUGUAUUUCCCAAAUCUACAUGGAGAGACUUUUCAGGAAUUUCAGUUUCCAAUCAUGUACAUGGGUAAUUAUUAAAUGGUAAUAAAUACAGGUUUUCCUACAUUU